AUGGCAAGUCUUUGGAAUGAAAAGUCGAACACUCGAAGUAGUGCUACGUUGAAUAACGUAAUGGUAAGCAAAGGUCAAGGCAGGCAGGAUUGUGUUACUUAUUGUCGAAACAUAGCCAUGUCUAGUGGAACGGAGGUUUCCACUUCUCUUAAUGGUCCCGUGAAGGAUGUCGAGUGGUACCGCCAGCUUUGGUGGAAAACUGGUAACAUACAUCCCAAAGCCAAAUGGGAAGAAGCAACGUUACCAUACGAACUCAAGACUGAUGUGUCGCUGGAUGAGUAUAUUUUUCAAACGGAUAAACAUAAUGUGAAGGGUCUUUGGGAAUGGGAAAAUGGAACCGUUCGUGUUAUCGAAAUUCCCUCAAAAUUUCAUGAGCAUUGCGUCAGUACAAUUAAUGGAGAAUUGUAUAGUGCGCUUCGAUUAGUAAAGAACACUCCUUCCGGCUUUCUUUUUCCUGGUGCGACGACAACAAACUCACAUAGAUCAGGCAAAGAAGCAGAUGGGUCUAUUCGACCUGAAUGUAAACCUCAAGUGCCCCAUGGUGGAUCUGAUGGAGGGAAUGAACCCUGGCCCAGUCUUGUAAUAGAGGUUGCUUAUGCCAUGACUGAGGUGGAACUUAAGAAGAAAAUAGAGACUUACUGGCUCACUCCUAAUAGAGCUCAUGAUGCAAUUGGUAUUAACUUCAACUAUGUACCAGGCAUGCGCCCAACGGAGAUGACAGCUUGGCAUUAUUGUAUAAAUAAUCAAACAGCCAAUGGUGCACUCACUCCCAUCAUGUAUGAAUUCGGCACAGUUGACCAUCAAGGCAAUCCCAUUAACAUUGUACCAGGGCAAUGCGUGAUCAAUAUCCCAUUGAGAUGCCUUUAUGAUGGGAUGCCACCUACCUUCAUGAUUCCCUCACCCCCUUUACCUGACCCUAUUUCCAUUGAUCUCUUUGAUAUUCGUUCUUGGAAAGCCAUUUCUCACCUUGCCACAUUUCUACAUAAACAUACAGAAUUUUUAAAUAAAAUGGACAAGACUAUUCUCAUGCAGUUUCAUUAG